AUGGCUGACCGUUACAGUUUCUCUCUUACAACCUUCUCCUCAUCGGGAAAACUUGUUCAAAUCGAAUAUGCCUUGAAUGCUGUAUCUCAAGGUGUUACAAGUGUUGGCAUCAAAGCUACCAAUGGUAUUGUCAUUGCAACAGAAAAGAAAUCAGCUUCCACACUCGUUGAUGAUUCAACACUUGAGAAAGUAGCAACCAUCAGUGCCAACAUCGGUAUGGUUUAUUCCGGAAUGGGUCCUGACUUUCGUGUCUUAGUUGCUGCUGCACGUAAAGCAGCACAAGCAUAUAAAAGAGUUUACAUGGAAGAACCACCAGUGCGUAUACUUGUACAAGAAGUGGCUAGUAUCAUGCAAGAAUAUACUCAGAGCGGUGGUGUGCGUCCGUUUGGUGUAUCUGUUUUAAUUGCAGGUUAUGAUGAAAUCAAUGGACCUUCACUUUAUCAAGUAGACCCUUCCGGUUCUUAUUUUGCUUGGAAGGCUAGUGCGAUUGGUAAAAAUAUGAUUAAUGCAAAGACAUUCUUAGAGAAGAGAUACAACGAAGAAAUGGAAUUAGAAGAUGCAGUACACACAGCAAUUUUAACACUUAAAGAGGGAUUCGAAGGACAAAUGACAGAAAAUAGUUUGGAAAUUGGUAUUAUUGGAACAAGCACCGUUGGUGUUUAUGGUGGUGAAAGAAAGGAGAUUCCAUUAUUUAAGAAAUUAAGUUUGAGUGAAGUCAAAGAUUAUUUGGCAAAUAUCGCUUAA